CGGCGAGGAAAAAAUUGGAACCGUAUACGAGGACGUGACCUCUGAUGUGCUCGGGGAAAUAGGCAAUUGGCAAUGGUUUGUCACGUUAGUCUCAACAGUACUUAUGAUGCCCAGCAUCUUCAGUCACUACGAAGACGUCCACUUGCUCCAUCCCUCAUAUGUCACCUGUUUACCUUCAGACGGACAUGAGGUUAAAGAACAAUUCCUCUGCACAUACACCGUUGUUAACAGCACAGAGGAAAUUAAUUGCAAUGCAUGGCACGUUAAGCUUUUGUGGCUUAUAUGGGUUAAGAAAACUUGGCUUGUCUUUUGCAACGAUAAUACAAAGCAAUUGUCUACCACUAUGAUAUGCCGAUUGGGAUUAAUAUUCGGAUUUGUGAUUUACGGCAUAACUGCAGACAGCCUUGGAAGAAGAGUUGCAAUUAUUGUCGAUGUGCUUUUAACAUUUAUAUUAAGUCUUGUGAUCGUGUUUUGCGACUCGGCGGCCUGGUUCAGACUGGUCCUCUUCUUGAAGUCCUUGUUUGGAAGCUGUACCCUCUACAUGUCAAUUGUUAUAAUAUGUGAAAUUGCAAGCAACAAAUGGCGCACGUGGCUAAGUUUAAUCGUAAUGACUCCACGUCUAAUCUCUUAUGUCAGUGUGGUGCCUUUAGCCAACAGCGCACCAAACAUUGAAACUUACAGCUUUAUUGCUUGUCUCUUCGCAGUGUUUAAUAUCAUAAUGCUAAGAUGGCUUCCAGAAUCUCCUCAAUGGUUACUAUUCAACAGGAAAAUACAGGAUGCUGAAACUUUGCUCUACUUUGCUGCGCUAAAGAAUGGCAUAAAAUUCAAUACGGAUUUCAAAAUAAGACCAGUCAAUUACAGAGCUUAUAACUGUUUAGACGAAACGACGACUUGUUUCGGUAUUUUGGCAACUUAUAAUGUCAGAGUACUAGUUGUGUUAUCAUUAAUCUUCUGGUUCCUAUAUUACAUAUUGUGGGGAACUCUCUACUUGCACGUGUAUAGAUAUGGGACUGUAAAUAAAACAUUGAUAAUAGAAUUUAUAGUUACCUUUGCAUCAUUAACAUAUAUAAGCAUGUUUCCAUGUAAGAUGCUAUCACUUAAACGAUGGUUGAUUAUUAAUAUCCUAAUGACGGGCGUCUGCACAUCCUGCAUUACUCUUUUCCAGGAGCAAAUUUUAUUUAAUAUACCAUCAGCAGUUGCGUUAUCAUCAGGCGUUACUGUCCACGCAAUUUUACUACACAUGAUGCCACGAUGCUAUGGCAUUAAUGUACGAGCCACAUUGUUUGGUUUCUGCCAUGCUACAGGACAGAUUGGAGCCAUCAUCAGCUACAUGUUUCAUAUAUACACCCCAAUAGAUGCAAUGUCACUUGCUAUUAUGGUUUUUUUAAUCACCUUGUGCCUCGUUGCAUUGUGCAUUAUGUUCCCUGAUAUAGAUGACAGAGAAUUACCGGACGUAUUAGAAGAUAUGGACUAUUUCUCUGAAUUGACAAAACCUCUUCGAUGGGCCACUCAAAAGACCAAUACUCCGACAUACGAAGAAGUGGAAAUGCGAGUGUACUCCUUCGGAAGUGGUGGUCAGAACGGAUCCGAAGAGAGGACACCUCCUAAGCGUAUAGGACACUUAAAAAUCAUGGCCGCUUGGAGAUGGAUUCUGAAUCUCUUUCGAAAGACUACACCUCGUAGUCAAUAAAAGCCUCAUGGAGACAAAGCAGACAACUCUAUUAAAGCCAUUUUUAUGUGCGAGUUAACAAAUUUUUCUCGAAAGCGGAAUGCCUCCGAAUGCGUAAAUAUUUCGUAUCGACCGCACCAAACGGAAAUUUAUUGACUUUCAUGAUAUUUGAAUAAAGAAGAAUACUGAAGAAUCAAGUUGCCUGCGAUAUUAACAAAAUACACUAUAUGACAACGUCAUAUGACAUAUAAUAGUUUGUUAGUAAGACAAGAAGGGCAACUCCCGCCUAUUCGGUGCGUCAAAUGCCUACACUUCCCUCGGAGCGUAGAGUUGUUAUAUUAUUAUUUUAGAGGUGCCUACAGGUUAUAAACAUAAUUAAAAAAAAGUGUUUAAUCAUAGUAUUCUUGUGAUAUAUUGAAAUUACUUUUUAAAUGCAGCUCUAACGUAUUGAUAUUUUUAUACCAGCAUUCACGGAUUGGUGUCUCGAUUAUGGGAGUAUGGUUAUGAAAUAGAAAUAAAAUGCUGAACAAUUUUGGAUUUGAGUCACUGUCGUUUAAACCACUACAAACACAACAAUAAACACGUCUACUAUUUCAUGUCAUUUUUUAAACACCGAGCGAACACUUCAAUUCUAUAAUGAAUGACGCGUGUGACGAUCCGCACUAUGCAACGUGAGUGCACCGUAAGUUUAUGUGAAUGUGUGCGUCUGUACAAGGCGCAGAGACCUUGCACACAUACAAGCCUGUUACUACCACACUUGUUAUGCGAGUAUUAUAAAUAUGUAUGAACUAUGAGUUUUUAAUAGACACUACAUAACCGCUACCACCCUAGUACCAUACUCAUAUCGCAAAUAACUUGUCUGUGUACUACUACCUCUAUAUCACUUGUAGCGAUCUUGUAAAAUAGUCGUGUACGAAAGUUGUGACCUCUUGUGAUUGUGACCAUGGAUAUCGUGACCGCUAAUGGCGCUGUACAACUUGCCAUGCGACAUGAUUGCUAACGACAGUGAACUCACCACAAUUACUAACGCGGAAAUAGACUUGAGCAGGUCAGGAAAAACUUUAAAAAUACCUAUUUAUCU